UUUUUUUUCUACCGCCUUUUAUUCCUCAUUCACCCUUUUUAAAAAAUGUCACAAAGCGAUGAAGAAGACGUUGGGUACUUGCGCAUAAAUAAGCUAGAGGAAAGCGGCAUCUCGGCAGCAGAUUGUAAAAAGUUAAAGGAGGCAGGUUAUUUCACAGUGGAAUCAGUCGCUUAUGCACCCAAAAAAGCUUUACUUGCCAUCAAGGGUAUUUCAGAAACAAAGGCAGAUCGGUUCCUGGCUGAAGCUUCCAAAGUGGUCAAUCUGGGAUUUACAACAGCUAUGGAUGUUCAUCAACGUAGACAGGAAAUCGUGAAUAUUACUACGGGAUCCAAAGAACUUGAUCGAAUGCUGGGAGGUGGUAUAGAGACUGGUUCUAUUACAGAACUCUUUGGUGAAUUCAGAACUGGUAAAAGUCAGCUGUGUCAUAUGUUGGCUGUUACUGCGCAAUUACCUAUAAGUAUGGGAGGAGGCCAAGGAAAGUGUCUUUUUAUCGAUUCCGAAAGUACUUUCAGACCCAGCCGUAUUCUUUCCAUCGCAGAACGCUUUUCGUUAAAUGGAGAAGAGACGCUGGACAAUAUUGCUUAUGCUCGUGCUUACAAUACAGAUCAUCAAACAUCGCUCCUAAUUCAAGCCGCAGCCAUGAUGUCAGAAGCCAGAUUCUCGGUGCUAAUUGUUGACUCGGCCAUGGCUUUAUACCGUACCGACUAUGCGGGUCGUGGUGAACUGGCUGCCCGACAAAUACAUUUAGCUCAGUUCUUGCGUCAGUUACAACGUUUGGCCGAUGAAUUUGGAGUGGCUGUGGUCAUCACUAACCAAGUAGUUGCUCAAGUUGAUGGAGGUGCAUCCAUGUUCAAUCCAGACCCUAAGAAACCGGCCGGUGGUAAUAUCAUUGCUCAUGCUUCUUGCACACGGUUAUCCCUUAGAAAAGGUAGAGGUGAGAAUCGUAUCUGUAAAGUCUAUGAUUCACCUUCUUUACCUGAAAAUGAAUGUACCUUUUCCAUCAUGGAAGAUGGUAUUGCUGAUGCUGUAGAAUAAGCCCGUCUUCCCCGCUAUUUUUUUUUUCUUUUUGUAACAUAUUAUUAUAUCACAGUAUGGAUGAUGAUCUAUUUUUUCACACAAACACCCUUUUUUUUAUGACCAAAUAUAAACCAUUUUAUGUAUACAUUCUACUUUUUCUCCCCCUACCCUGAAUAAGCAAACUAUUUGAUGAGAAUGACUCAAAAAUGAAAUAAAUGAUCUGAUAAUUUUACCAUUCUACUAAA